AUGGCCCUGGUGCAAAGCCCACCGACAGUCUACCCCUCCGGCAUUUCUCAACGUGACGGUCUGCCUUUCUAUAGCAUUUCGGGAGCUGGCACCAGUUACCCACGCAGCAACCCACCAGUGCUUCCACCUCAACGCAGCCCAUCUAAGUAUGCAUAUGCACCACACCUAGUGCCCGAGUGGAGACGGAACGAAGCUCUUCCUGACAAAUUACUUCUUGAUGGCGACCUCCAGGCAGCUUACAACGAAAUGACUCGGUUCUCGCCAAGCAAAGUGAUCAGAAAUCUUGGAAUCCACCCUACCUAUUAUCAGCGCAGUGUUUCCCACAAUGAGCACUCUAUUUUUCCACACUUGAGAUCGUCAGUCAAUUAA